CAUAAGGGUUUGCGUCGUGUUAGGAAGCAGAAAAAACGUCCGCUAGGGUGUGUUACAGUCCAAUAGAUCCUGAGUCUCGACGAAACCUUUAUUUUGGUGACAUUUUGUUGAAUUAACAGGUGUGUUCUCUGUGAGUGUGAGCUGCAAUGGUUUACAUAACUUCGUGGGACGAGUUUCUUGAUCGAUCUAUUCAGUUGUUCCGUGCCGAUCCUGAUUCUACGCGGUAUGUCAUGAAGUACAGGCAUUGUGAUGGCAAAUUGGUACUCAAGGUCACCGACAAUCGAGAGUGUCUGAAGUAUAAGACGGACCAAGCACAAGAAGCUAAAAAGAUGGAAAAACUGAAUAAUAUAUUCUUUACUUUGAUGGCUCGGGGACCAGAAGUGGAUCUAUCAGAAGUCACUGGGAAAGAACAAAUGGAUGCACAACCGACCAAAAGAGGAAGAGGAAGGAAGCAAUAACUCAUGUGUCUGGCUGUCCAAAAGGGCUUCAUGAAUCUUAGGAAAUCAGUAAUGAUUUGAUAGAUUUUUUUUUACCCCUUUUCCAAAAUCUUACUGCAAUGCCUGGAUUGCAUACAGAAUUUUUUGUUUUCUGAAUUCUUUCUCAAAUAUUAAUUAAUCUUGGGUAUGGUUUUGCCUACAACAAAAUUAUUCACAUAUCAUUGGCGAAU